AUCAGGCCUGUAAUUACAAAUGUCAGCAUACCAUUGCUCUAAUUGUUUAUAAGGUCAUCAUUGCACGACGGCCACAACCCAUAUUCUUGACAUGCUGAACUGUAGUAGCUACAUCCACUCCUGCCAACGAGCCAACUGUGCAAACCACUCUUGAAUUUUUUAAGUGUUGUUGUCACACAGUUUCUAGGACAUUCCCUCAUUGACAGGCACAGUGACCACCUGCAGCUGCCAAGGGCUCAUUUGGGCGUCUUCAAAUAGAACUGUUGGUACAAGGCCCUAAAUCUACUCCUAUCCUGGGUCAGAUACCAAAAUGAUCAUCAUGAGCCGAUCAAUUCUCGAGCAGAACAUGCACGAAGCAUCAUGGCAAGGUGGUGCAUCUCAUUCUUCUCCUCUUCUGGUUCUGCACCGCCGCUCCACACAUGCUGACAGGGAGCCACUGACCUGGUUCCCCCUCAAUACCGACUCAACACUGGAGGGGGCAGCAAGCUGAGCCCCACGAUGUUGGCUCCAAGGUAUUGAUCCCCGACCAUGUG